UUGAAUGCUUUUUGUUUCCCCUUUGCCUCUGAAACAAGGUAAGCCUUUAAGAUUUCUGAACAGAGUAGCUCUGUUUUCUCUGUCUUCUUCUUUUUUCUUUUUUUAUUUUAUCACAAGACCGGACAACUUUGUCUCUGUAUCAUCUGCGGACCAAGAACAUUCUUCCUUCUCAUUAUAAUAUACACACAUAUAUAUAUAUAUGUAUGUAUGUAUGUGGAGAGCUAUAGAUCUUCAAAAAAGCUGCUAAUCUUUUUGUCGUCUACACUCGAAACCAUAUGCUUCUUAUGCAUCAUUAGUACCCAUCAUAUUUGACUUCCUGGUCCAAUCCAACAUUGUCAAAAACUUGAAAUUCAAGCCUCUAAUGUUCUUCAGAUAAGAUUUAUUAGCCUGACAUAAUUGAAUCUUUCUCCUAUCUUUCUCUCUUUCCACUCCCAGCUUCUUCAUGUGAUCAGCUUCUACUUCUCCCCUGUUUUCUUCUUGUUUAAUUUCUCAGGAAGAUUUCUGUUGUGGGUGACAAUGAUGUGCUCAGAAAUAGGUCCCCGGAUCUCAUUUUCUGGAGAACUCGGCAAAGAAGAGGAAGUUGGAAUAGCCAGUGAGUCAAUAAGGGAUUCUUCGUUUAUUGACUCGAGCUCUGAGUUUGAGUUCAGCAUUUGUAGCAGCUUUGGACAAGAAUCUUGUUCAGCAGACGAGCUUUUCGCUAAUGGCAUGAUCCUCCCUAUUCAAUUUCAUGAGUCGGUUCCAGUUUUUUCUGCAGUUAAACUCCGUAACCGUGACAGCCCACCUCUGGUUUCUCUUCCUCCUCUUCCUGCAACUCCUGACUCGGUGGAGAAAUCAAGAAAACAGAGUAAAACAGAGACCAUGGCUCUGAGUUCUGAUAAUUCGGAGGACAAGACUCAGACCCAGAGUCAGAGCAAAUCAUUUUGGAGUUUCAAGAGAAGUAGUAGUCUAAAUUGUGAUAUCAAGAAGAGCUUGAUUUGUUCUUUGCCAAUUUUGUCUCGAAGCAAUUCUACUGGUUCUGUUCCUCCAAAUCCAAAAAGGACGACAAUGUUAAAGGAUGUUCAGAAACAGAGUUCAAACAGCAAGCAGACAUUAACACCAAAGCCUCCUUCUUCUUCAUCUUGCCGCAAUGGUUAUGGGGUACCACAAAAACCACCUCUGAGAAAAAAUAAUGGAGGAAGCUAUAACAAUGGAGUUCGAAUCAGUCCAGUCCUAAAUGUCCCACCUCCUUACAUUUCUAAAGGGACUGCGAACCUGUUCGGGUUUGGUUCUUUGUUGCGCAACGGAUCAAAAGAUAAGAAGAACAAGAAGAAGUGAUUCUUUCACUGAGUUUUAACGUGGAAGAGAUGAAGAUUCACCGGUGUUUUCUUAACUGGGUCGUGUUGAUAGAAAGAAUUUCACUGUUGAGAUCAAGGUCAAAAAUUCCAAACUUCAACAGGGGAGGCAAGCAUAUAUGCCUUCUUCUCUUAGCAGCAUGGUUAUAGCCCAGCCUGCCUUUUUGCUAAUCAAAACAUUACACUCUAUAUAUAUAUUUCGACCAUGUGAGAU